AUGUUUUUGCAUACUUUAGGACUUAAAACAGAUGGUAGGAUAACUUGCCAUAUACAUUCCAAAAAGCGAAGUGUAGAAGGAAUUGCACAAACAGUGGAUGAAAGGGGGUUAGUUAUUAGAGGCAUGCUAGAAGAACAAAAAAUGAGAACAGAGGAAAUUGUCAUAAAGCAUAUAAACUCAUUCAAUCCGGUAGUAUCUCACUAUAAUUUAAAGCACACCCCGAAUAGACGAUUCUUGCCACCUGACUUGACCAUUAAAUACAUGUGGCAAGACUUCUGUAAUCUACAGAAAAUUUCAUAUGAUCUAUACAGAAGAAUUUUUGAAAAACAGAAUAUUGGGUUUAAAAAGCCAUCCCAAGACGAAUGCGCUCAGUGUCUAAAAUAUAAAGUUCACAUUAUUCGCCAAUGCGACGCAAGUAGUUGCAAGAUUUGUUGUCAAUUCGAAAACCACAAAAAAAGUUAUACGGAAGCAAGACAGCACUAUGAAAAUGACUCCAAUCAAGAGGUAAUACAAGAUGAGAAGGUCUAUGCUGUAGAUAUGCAGAAAGUCUUACUCUUGCCCAAAAUGUCAACCAAGGAAUCUUUUUUUGUUUCAAGGUUGGUCGUAUUCAAUGAGACGUUUGCGUCACUUCAUAAGGACGGAAAUAUUUGCGUGAUGUGGCAUGAGGCUAUAAGAGGCAGAUCCGCGACGGAUGUUGCAUCGGCAUACUACAACGUAAUAAAAAAUUCAGACAAUGUUACCAAAAAAUUUACAUUCUGGGUAGACAACUGUUCUGCUCAGAACAAGAAUUGGACACUAUAUUCUGCUUUUGCGACUUUUGUAAAUUGUGAAUGGGGUCCAGAAGAGAUCACCCUAAAAUAUUUUGAACCAGGCCAUUCAUUUAUGGCUGCGGAUUCGCUGGUCGAUAGACCAGAUGAUCCAGAUGAUGAUGAGCUCAGACUCACUGAGCCAGCUAAUGAACUGCCGUGUCCACCACCGCUAGACAAAUCAGAUCCACCUCCAGUCAGCGACACCUGCGAUGCGUCCAACGAGUCACCAGAAAUUGCUCCGCCCCCUAAGGAAGCCCCACUCCCAAGUGAGGCUCCACCUCCAAGUGAAGCUCCGCUACCAAGUGAAGCUCCGCCACCAAGUGAAGCUCCGCCUCCGAAAGAUGCCCCAGAGAAGGAGGAUCCUGAGAAUGACCCACCCGCGGAGCCGUCCUUGUUGGUCCUGUAUCUGAUGAAGUACACUUCUGGUUUGGAUGGUUGUGUUGGUGGUGCGACUGGGAUCUGA